AUGGGUGAAAUUACUGGGGAAGCAAGGAAGGCACUACAGGGCAGUUGGGUUAUUGGAGGUGGAAUUGAAUUACCAUGUAUGGAGAUUGUUGGAAAAGAAGCCAUAGUUCUGGNGGAGGUGGAAUUGAAUUACCAUGUGUGUAUUACUUUAUGGGAGCAAGAAACACAAAGCGCAAUGAACAUGCACGACUUUGUUCAUCUGUUGUCAUAUCAUCGCUACAUGUUUAUACAUGUGAAGUUGUCAAGGACCUCUACUCAAGCAGAUGUUCUCAAAGCUGUGGAUGAAUUGAACAAAGAUUCAACGAUUCACGGCAUCAUUGUACAGCUCCCCCCUGAUUCUGUGGAGCCAAUUGAUCCUGCGAUUUGCACAAAUGCUGUUGCACCAGAGAAGGAUGUUGAUGGGUUACAUGAUAUAAAUGCAGGGAAGCUAUCGAGAGGAGAGUUGGAUGACUGCAUUGUCCCUUGCACUCCCCGAGGAUGCCUGGAGUUGAUCAAGAAAUCAGGUAUGGAGAUUGUUGGAAAAGAGGCCAUAGUUCUGGGAAGAAGCAAAAUAGUGGGUUCACCCAUGGCAGAUCUUCUCAAAUGGCAUCAUGCUACAGUGACAACAUGUCACUCAAAGACAAAAGACUUGCCAGAUGUGGUGAGAAGGGGUGAUAUCGUUGUCGUUGGAAUUGGAAGAGCUGAUUUUGUAAAGGGGGACUGGAUUAAGGAGGGUGCAGUGGUCGUCGACUGUGGAAUUAAUGUGAUUCCAGAUGAGACUAAAAAGAGUGGGCGUCGUCUCCUUGGUGAUGUACAUUUUGCAGAAGCAAGGAAAAAAGCAAGCUGGAUUACUCCUGUGCCUGGAGGUGUUGGUCCAAUGACUGUGGCAAUGUUGAUGAACAACACAGUGGACAGUGCUAAGAGGGCUCUUCAAAUGCAAAAGGGUGGACCUUGGAAUAUUCGUUACCUUCCUCUCAAUCUCCAAAGACCUGUACCAAGCGAUAUUGACAUAUCAAAGCAGCAGAUGCCAAAGAAAAUUGCAGAAGUAGCAAAGGAAGCUACAAUUCUUGACUAUGAGUGUUACUACCAGGGCACCCCAGUUUUUGUGCAUGCAGGGCCCUUUGCUAACAUCGCCCAUGGAAAUUCUUCCAUUCUGGCAGAUAGGAUAGCUUUGAAAUUGGUUGGACCAAAUGGAUUUGUUUUCACUGAAAGUGGUUUUGGAGCUGACAUUGGAAUGGAGAAGUUCUUUAACAUCAAGUGUAGAUACAGUGGUUUAACGCCGCAUUGUGCUAUCAUAGUAGGAACUGUCAGAGCAUUGAAAAUGCAUGGUGGAGGACCGAAGGUUGUUGCAGGAAAACCACUCCCACCUGAAUAUACUUCUGAGAACCUAAACCUUGUUAGAAAUGGGAUGGUGAAUCUCGCCAAACAGAUUGAGAAUGCCCGAUUCUUUGGAGUUCACGCAGUUGUUGCUGUCAACAGAUUUCCGUAUGUCACAAUAUCAGUCUACCUGUUUUUGCCAAUUGAAGAUAAGAUGAGAAUUAUUGCCCAGAAGAUUUAUGGUGCAGAUGACAUCGAACUGUUACCCGAAGCUGAGAAGAAAGUUGAACGCUAUAAAAAGCAGGUUAGUCUAGAUGUGUUUGAGUGCAAUCAUGUAACUUCACUUCAAAGUAUUUUCAAGAAAGUUGUAUUGCAGGCACGAGAACAGCUGUCAAAACAACCUGUUGGUUUUACUCUUCCUAUCCGUGAUGUACGAGCUAGUGUUGGUGCUGGAUUCCUCUAUCCACUGGUUGGCACUAUGAGCACCAUGCCAGGACUUCCCACAAGACCUUGCUUCUAUGACAUUGACUUGGACCCAGUUACAGAAGAUGUAUUUGGGUUGUUUUAGCCCUCCUAACUCAACUUGUUUUAAGGCUCAUAAGAACUCAUAGCCAAGAAAACAAGUGUGAUUUUUGGUAUGUACCCUUACUAGCAUGCAGAAUUUCCAAGUGAUUACACACCAUGAAUAUUACAGAAUUGUCCCAUAAUGUAUUGGUUGUUAACAUCACUGAACAAGGAAUGGAAACUGAAGGCUUGAUCAACCAGAAAUGGUGCUUGUUAACUUGGCUUAUGUGGAAUACUGUAUGUUCUGAAAGUAGCAAACGUCAUUUCUUUCAGGAUUAGCAGUCUUUUCCUAUUGUUACUUUUGGUGUUGCAAAUUUCAGGGGCUUAAUUUGUAACUUUUGUGCUGCUUAAUCAUCUAAUGUAUGGGGACCCAUUUUGCGGUAUUGUUGGUGUAAACAGUGAUGAAAUUAUGACUUUAAGUAUUUCCACUCAUACGUCAAAAUGAAAUGCUCACUGAACACCAAGUUUAAGUUUAUACUGAGUGAAGUUUGAAGGGAGAUCAAAUUGUGAUAAGGUUUUACUGAUUUUUCCAAGGCCUCUGCAGGCUUUGAAAAUCACUAGUCCACUAUCCAGGAAGAUGUUAAUUUUUUUGUUUGGUGGGGAAGGGGGAGUGGGUGUGGUUACUCUUGGAAUUUUCAGGACUUGUAUAACAAGGUGUGUUUUUUGCUGCUGUGAGUGUACUAUUUUUGUCAUUUAUCUAUGAGGAAACAUUUUAAGAGAAAUUAAUAAUAUAUCAACUGUAAGAACUGCUUAAUGAAGACAGUCGAAUGUGCUAAGUACAACUGACAUACUUCAAGUUAAAACUGUAGAUCAUUAUUUUAGAAAAAUGAACUUGGCAUUGAUGAUUCUUUUGUAGGGCUGCAAGUUAAUAAGUUAUCAAAUAAUGAUAGCAAGGUAAACUUGUCAUUAUAAACUGGUUUUGGAACAAAAUGGAUGCCAGAAAUGGAAAGAGUGCAAUGAAAUUGCCAGGGUGCUGAUGUCUAAGUGAGAUUUAAUUGUAGUUUGAAAGUUUCAAACAUUGUCAGUGACAUGAACCGUGCCACUUGGAAGAAAACUGUAAUUGAGCACAAUGAAGAGCGAUCUUUUUUGUUAACAGACCUGAGUGCAGCACAGCACAGCACAAUGCAACACCAGCGUUAAUUUUUUCCAGACCAGUCUAGUGCAGCCCAGCACAGCACAAAAGCAUGCCAAAGCAUUCCUUUCAAUGCCAAAGCAAUCUUUCGAGGCACUUUUUGCAUGGAAGUUUCUCAAAUCGCAAUAAAAAAUUUCCACGUAAAUGGCAACAGUUUCAUAUCGGCAGUCUUACUGUUUUUGCAUCUCAUUUUAGGCACUCAUUUUGUUCUGCAACCGUUGUUUAUGAUUGACAAAGUCAGAUACUGGAGAUUGGCAGAAGGCCAAAUUUUGCAUAACAGCCUUAGUGUUUGUGCUAACAGUUAGAUUGUAAGGAAAUAGGUUUAAGGAUGAACAGCUGAUGGUCAGCAUAAGCCUUAUUAUCAGGGGCUUAAUUGUCAUAUUUUUCUAGGCUCAAUAAAUAUUUUGUUUGUAAUG